AUGGCUCGGAUUGUUCAUAUCAAUGCAUUCAAUAAAAAAAUAUCUGCGUUUGCUAUUGGGGAGUAUGUUUUUUGCAAAUGUCAACUGCUUGGAAGUGGAACAUAUGGUACUGUCUACAAGGCAUAUGAUGUUAGAAAAAAAAAGUAUUUUGCGAUAAAAGUAAUCAAAAUAGACAGUCACGAAGGAGUACCGGGAACUUGCCUCCGCGAAAUAUCGAUUUUAAAAGCACUCACUCAUCCAAAUAUUGUCAAGAUUUUAAAUGUUAUCCCAAACAUUGAAUCUCGAAAAAUAUACAUGGUUUUCGAGCAUGUCGACUAUGAUUUGAAAAAGCUUAUGGAAAUAAUUCGACCCAAAUGCCUGCCCAUGCCCUACGUCAAGUCAUUUCUAUGGCAAAUAUUGCGAGCUCUGGCUCUUUGUCAUACGAGUCGUGUGAUACAUAGAGAUUUAAAGCCGCAGAACAUUCUGGUUGCAAGAAAUGGUAUUAUAAAAAUUGCUGAUUUUGGCCUUGCACGUUCGUUCAAUAUACCGUCAAGAUGCUACACGCAUGAAGUGGUUAAAUUUAUAUUUUAUUUUGUUAUUGUGACUCUUUGGUAUCGUGCUCCUGAAAUUCUUCUUCAUGCAAAAUUCUAUUCGACAGCUGUGGAUAUUUGGAGUGCAGCUUGUAUAUUUGCUGAGCUGAUCACCUUUGAACCUCUUUUUCAUGCAGAUAGUGAAAUCAGUCAGUUAUUUCAAAUUUUCAAGAUUUUGGGGACGCCAAAUGAGCAAAUUUGGCCCGGUUUCACAGAAUGCGCACAUUAUACGUCAAAUUUCCCAAAAUGGAAAAACUGUCUUUUGGAAGAUUAUUUAACGAGACUUGAUAAUGACGGCCUGGAUUUGCUUGCGCAAAUGCUACUCUAUGCUCCAGAAAAACGUAUCACUGCAAAAGCAGCACUGAGUCAUCGAUUUUUGAGAGAUGUACCGAUACAUCUGGAGCCAGUCACGUCAUUGUUUGAAGAGAAUGACUAA